AUGCACGUGCACCACCGUCAGAUGCCUCCCCCCGUCGACUCCGCGCGUGUCGACGGAGAGGGAAGAAGGAGAAGUCUCAGGCCAAGGAAGCAUCCUGCCAACGGCAACGUUACCGAUCCUCCCACCCCUGCGACGGAAGUGGGGAGUCGCAGCCGCCUCAGACUCCGGAAGUACAACAACCCCGCACCACCUUCCGCGCACGUGCCGCAGCAAACGAACCCCGCGCCCAACCUUAAGCGGGAAGAAGGGAGUGCAAGGGCCAUCGGCUCCAGGACAAAGACUUGCGACCAAAUGGAGGACGACGGCAGCAAGUGCCUGCGGCGACCGUCCUUCGGGUUCCCUGGAGACAAGAGAGCGUCGCGAUGCGCAUCCCACAAGCUGGAAGGGCACGAGGACAUAACGUCUCGUCGAUGUGAUGGAGAGGGCUGCUCCAGGAUACCGUCGAUGCCGGGGGGCAAUAGCAGGAUAAGGUUUUGCGCGGCGCACAAGCCCCCAGGGUAUGAGGACUAUCACAAGGGCGCUCGGAGCUGCCGCGUUGCGCCCGGAGGGUUCAAUGCCUGCAACCGGAACUCUUCCUUCGGGUUCAAGGGAGGCAAGCGCAUUAGCUGCGCUCAGCACAAGCAGAAGGGCAUGAUCAACCUCAACACUCCGCGAUGCCGAGGGCCAGAGUGCUACCUGACUCCAUACUUCGGCCUUCGUGGGGCGACCCCGACAUACUGCUCCAAGCACAAGCAGGAGGGCAUGAUUAACGUGAUCAGCAAGCGGUGCGAGGACGAGUCAUGCGACCGCAUCCCUUCGUACAACUACGAUAUGGUGGGCGCCAAGGCGGUCUACUGCAACGCACACAAGGCCGAAGGCAUGGUCAACGUUCGGCACCCUCGCUGUGCCGAUCCGGAUUGCAAGCGCCAGCCGUCGUUCGGGAAGGCAGGGGGGAAGACGGCCGUCUACUGCGUGGUGCACAAGGAGCCGGACAUGGUGGACGUGGUGAACAACUACCAAAGGCAGGGCAAGAAGAGGAAGGGGCGGGAGUAGUGUAGAAUUCUCAGAUGUAUCUAAACGAAGUGUCCACCGUCAGAAUAUAUGUGUCAUCGAAAUGAGCAUCAGUGGACCAUACUUCAGCAGGAAGGCAUUGGGCAUUCGCAAUUCGUGCGCGGUCGUCGUUUUGGUGUUUUGUCUCUCGGAAUCGAAAUCGUUGUUUUGACAUGAUAGUCUGGCAUCGCCUUGGCUCGCCUCGCUCAUGCGAUACAGAGGACAGGGCGUGCCGUUCGCCAUGGCGUGUUGUAUGAAGCCCACGAGGUAACAUGCCGUGCGGCGGAUUGCCCUGUCGUUGUCGAAACUUCUUGUACGUGGAAAACAAGGUGAAAGGAGUGUAAAAACGCUUUUUCUACGAUUCUGCGGAGUGAACGAUAUUAAUGCCCAUGGUUGCAACUGUAAGGAGCCGCUUUGCCCCCACCCUUCAACCGGUGGUACGUGCAGCUUGCGAUCUGGAGGGAUGGCGUUGUUCCAAUAUUUGGAGACCUCGUGCUACGUAGUUCAGCGGAGACAUUAGCGGUCGCUCAUGGAAGGAGUCUGUGUUCUCUUAAAGAUUUCACGUGCAAAAUGUGCCGACCGUUGCAAUACUUGCAAUCGUGUACCACAGAGUUUGCUUGGCGGUGGGGUGGUGGCAAGGCGUAGAACCCUUGGCUCUGAUAUAUCGAGCUUUCCCGUUUCUGAAAAUCGCUAGCAGUGUAUGAAGAAGCACCCACACAGUUGCCUGCGCUGAGCAUGCUGCGCGCACCCAUCAUCCUACUAAGAUAGAAGAUUCAACGUGGAUUGUAUGUAUGUCGCGGCAUCUGCAAAUUCGAAUUCUGGCAACCUACAGCACACAUCAAGAGAAGAGUUCGGCGUGUUUCCAAAAACAAAUAUCUAACGGCUGUGUCGGUAGGCAUACCUGGACCCGAUCAUAUAGCAAACAUCUUCUCCAAGAAACGGUCGGCGUUCCUCGGCGUCUCACCCAUCCCGUUGCCCACGCUCGUAAGACUGCGGACAGGAAAGUACUCUAUGUCGUCCUAGAUAUAUAUUGGCACCUGCACGAACACCCCCAAGGACUCCACCGAUGGUUCAUACAGAGUCAGGAAAAACUGUUCAAAGCUCUUCUUGUGCGGAUAGUGUCAAGGACCUACGUGCUGUCGACCAACAACGGGCGAUCGUCUCAUCAUGUUGUUAAGAAGUACGUGCUCAAACUUACACAGCAGCAGCACUCAAAAUAUGGACUACGGAUAGAUUGGAACAGUUUCAAAUCCUACAACAGCCUCUUUCGUUACCACCCCUAGUCUACUCUUGUACUACCACCGGCCUUUUGUAGCGACGGCAGAGGGAGCAAUGUCCGUCCGUCAUCCUAAGGGAUUCACAGAUCCGCGCGGCUCUCCAAUUCUCGUGCUUCAUGCUUGAUUCAACCGCCCCCUUGACCUCGUCGAUGGAUCGGAGCCUUGUUGACACCCCGCUGCC